UGGCCUUUUGACUCUUCUUCUCUGCAACUGAAGCUCUUCUUCCGCUUGUCUUUCCCUCUCCACACUCUCUUCUUUACUCCAUCUUGGAGAAUGAAUCAAGCCAUUUCACCUCGUACCAAAUACUCAGAACACCGCACCAUAACCACUAGGCUCGUGAAGCCAUCCGGAUUUCAAACAAAAGUUGUUCGCAUUUUGGUGACUGAUGGCGACGCCACUGACUCAUCAAGCGAUGAAGAUGAAGAUUUAGGUUGCUCUUCGCCUAUUCGAGUGAAAAAGCACAUUAACGAGAUUAGAAUCGAACAACUCAAACAAAAAGCGAGUGGUAGAUCUAACGGCAACAGAUACAGAGGCGUGAGACAAAGGCCAUGGGGAAGAUGGGCGGCGGAGAUCAGAGACCCGUCUCGGAAAACAAGACUGUGGCUAGGGACUUUUGAUACAGCAGAAGAAGCUGCUAUUGUUUAUGACAAAGCUGCUAUUAUUUUUAAAGGGUCUGAUGCUCAAACGAAUUUCAUGAAGCCCCCCGAGAGAAAUACUUGUACGACGCCGUUAGAAAUUAAUGUUGUUACGGUUUCUGGCUAUGAUUCAGUUAAAGAAUCUCAUACAAUGAAUUCACCAACUUCUGUUUUGAUAUUCCAGUCAAAUGAAAAUGAAGAAGCUGAACAAAGGACACAAUGUCAACUUGAAACUAAGUGGACACAAGUUCAAGAUCGUUUCUUCUUAGAUGAUGGGUUCUGGGAUUCUGAAACACCACCUCGGAUAUUUUUCGAUGAGAUGAGUGUACCAAUUUUAACAGAAAAUUUGGAUGACAUCUCAGUAAGUUUAGAUGGUGAUUUCGGGUCAUGCAUAUGGGACGUUGACAAUUACUUUCAGGAACAUACUUUGCCAUUGCAUUGACACUCAUUAAUGGAGAUUUUUGUUUUUUUUUCCAAGCUCGUGUUCAUCUUCAUGUUUUGGUAAAUUCCGAGUGGAAUGUUGGGUACAUAAACCAAUUUCUUUCGUCUGUUUCUCUCCUCCUCCAUGAGUGUAAAGCUGCAUGUAUUUCACUAAGCUUAUGUGUAUAAAUUCUUAGCUUUAUUUCA